AUGGCUUCUAGAGCGGAGCGGGCGGAAGAGGCGGUGAGGCUGCGGAGCAGGGGAGGAGGGCGCUGGGGAGCAGGUGCCGCCGGGCAAGCGCCUCUAUUUGCCCUGAAAGAACGCCGCCUCUUCUCUCCUUCUAGCCUCCAGCUGGGUCGGGUCCUCUGGGCGCCCUGUAUCGGGAGCUGAGCCGGUUUCCCCGCGUGACUUAUGCCAGUGUAGGAGUCGGGUUUGCUGCCUGCGGCGCCGCCGCCGAGUGCCUGCCCCUCUACACGGGUGAGCCAGUUGCGCGGGUUAGGCGCUCUCCUCUGCCGGACCCCACUUCAGAAGAGCCGAGGUUGUGUGGACAAGCCCAGUGGGAGGUUGGGCGGGCAGUUUCCCAACCCAUUCUCUUUUCGACUGGCUUCAGCACUGCUCCAUUAAAAACACUGUCACAUGGAAUUAAAGCAGUGAACAGCAUGUUGCAAGUGACUCAAGCCCACGCUGGGGAAUAGACUAGGUUUAUAAACCCAGAGGGUCUUCUGCUGGUUUCCUCACUUCCAGAAGUGAAGUUACACAGGGACUUUCCUGUAGUGGCUCCCUCCCUGUGGGAACACCUUCCCUUCAGAUGUCAAGGAAACAAACAACUACCUGACUUUUAGAUGGCAUCUGAAGGCAGCCAUGUAUCGAGAAGUUUUUAAUGUUUGAUGUUUUGUUAUGUUUCAAUAUAUGCUGUAAGCUGCCCAGAGUGGCUGGGGAAUCCCAGCCAGAUGGGUGGGGUAUACAUAAUAAAAUUAUUAUUGUCUAUUGAAUUUAUAUACUGCCCUAUACCUGGUCUCAGGAUGGUUCACAGAACAAAAUCAAAAUAUACAAUCACAAAAUACACAAUCAAAAUAAAAGCCACCAUUAGAAGUGUAGCUGUGCAGAGCAGUACUGCUGGUACUGUAUACUGUUUAACUUGCUGGAGGAUAAGUGAGGGUCUCACUUUGUAAAUGCCAUGGACAAGGGUUGUGGGGACGACGACGACUCUGAGGUGCAAAUUUGGUAUAUGUAUGGAGGUUAUAAAGCUUGUGUAUGGUGCUUUUUGAGUCUGGUUAUAUAUAUACCUGGUCCUUUGCUGUUAAUCAACUGUUUUAAAAGCAAAUAUUAAUAUGCAGUGCCGUCCGCUUUGGGCAUCUCAAACCCCGAGCCAGUUAAACAUGGAGUUGCAGUGGCCUUCCAUUUGAACUCUGUCACAGAGAGAGGUUGACAUAAGACAGCCAGGACACCUCUUACUUGGUAGCAGAUGAGAAAAAUAUUGGAUUGCCCCUCUGUCUCUUGCCUGUUACACCUCUGGGAUUAGAAGUCUCAUGGCAUGGAGGUCAGAAAACUAAGUUGCCUUUUCAACAACCUGCCUCCAUUGGGGCCUUGUCUUAGGUCCGGAGGAGAGGAGUUGGCCCAGUCUUGUAGAAACUCUCAGGUGUGUUGUAAUCAUAUGCACUGCAAAAAGCUGACUUCACUGUGUAAGAAUAACACCAUCCCAGCCCAUACGUCUCAAGUUUGCAGUUACUUCCAAGUUAAAAGAAGAUGUGUAAUUUAUUAUCACAUAUGCUGAAUGCAAGGGGGGUGGGGAGUGGCUGCCCCCUUUUUAUAUGGUAAAGUAAGAGACUUGUGUAUAAUGUCAAAUUAGCAGCCAAAUAUUAUAAGCAACAUGAUUUGAGACUGUGGUUAAAAAAGCAAUGUGCUAUCAGGCCUUGCAGCAUCUCAUGGCAACUGACAGUUUUCCUGCAGUGAAAGAGAUGUUUAGGAUGGGUUGUCACUGCCCUCUUGCUCUACUGGCAGGAAGUCGAAUCCUCCAGGAGGGAUUACCUGAGUGGGCUGGGCAACCUCUUUCAAUAUGCUAAUAUUCAAGCCUGAAUAAACUCUUGAGAACUAUGAUCAGUAAUGUGGCAACCAAGAGCUGUAAGGGAGGAAAGCUUAAUGGGCUGGAUUGUAACAGUAGGUAAGAAAUGAAGAUAAGAGAGAUGGCCAUAUAGAUAGGGAAAUGAGAGAGGGAAACCCCUCUCCAGAGUGCAGGAUAAGGACCCCUGUUUUAAGUAUGCUGACGGUACUCAUCUUUAUACACCUGGCUAUGGCUGAUCCUAGUACCUGCAGUAGCAAAAUAUUACAACAGAGCAGGCCAACACCCCUUCUCAUUGCAGAAAAAGAGCUUAACACAAAGUCCAACAUUCUCUUUUCCUUCAGUGGAGGAGGGGAGUCUAGGAUGAGUUUGGGUGCAAACUAUGUCCCUGUAACCUGAAGGAAGCCUUUGCUGACACAUAUUUGCCCAGAGGCAGCUCUGGUAGAGGUGGCAGCUCUGCAAAUCUGCCCUAGGACAGCCUUGGUCCCAAAUGUGGCAGGUGCUGCUGCACUUCUGGUGAAGUGUGCUGUGAUGCUCUGGUGUCCUUGCCUUGAACAGAGCCCUCCAAACCCUCCAAAAAUAUUGAAAAAGUUGCUAUCUCAAUAUUUCCCAUUAGUUUCCUCUGUCACACAGAAAAAUAAGUAUAUUUCCACUUUUGCUGCUCUGCCUGGUGUUGCUGAGAGUGGAAAUCCAGGCAGUUGGGUCUUGAGCAUAUGUAGAAGUUAGGUCCCAGUCCCACUCAGUGAGGCUGUUAAGAUGAAGCUGCAAAGUUGGCCAAGAAUCUCACAGCCUAAUUUGUAUCUAAUGCUAAUGAUUUCCAGCUAUCUGUAGAAUGUCAAGUGUCUGUUCUCAGUUAGAAAAAUGUCACUUAUGCUGAAUUUGCAGCAUGAAAGAGGAUAACUGCUUUAUGUGUGACCUCUAAACAAUGAUAAGCAAAAAUGUCUCUUGAAAUUACCAAUUCCAAAAGUCUUCACUGAGACCCGUUACUCAUUCUGUUUACUUGCAAUUUCAGUUCUGAUGAGCUGCACUUUCCCUAAAUGUCUCUAAACACAGUUAACUGUCAUCUCUCACAAGAUUAAUUCUGGUAUAACACAUUCUCAACUCCUUUAUUGCUGGAUGAGGUGCUCUUUCUCCCGGUAGCUCUACGAUCAGUUUUCCAUUUCUGAACUCUGGUUAUCUUAAUCAUGGUGUCUUGGAGCAGAAUCGGUGUCUCUGUCUUGCUGGCUUUCUGGACUUUGUGCUUCCCACAGAUUUCCACAUAAAAUUCAGAAACAGCAGUACUACACACUGGGAUGGGAGAUUCCAAGGCUCAGAUACCCGGUCUUACCUCCCUCCUUUCCUGCAGAGUGGUGCCAGCCUGACCUGGGGCGCCGUCAGAAGCUGCAUUUCAGCCGUCAGUAUAUCCUACACCACAAUAGCAGAGCAAUUGUCUCCGUUACUCCUGUUGGCGUUCCAGCUGAGAUCCGGGACCAGUACGUAGAACAUCCAGUUGCCCUUAGCAUACCUAACCAUGCUUUAGAAAUUCAAUCCAGACUUGGAUUGGGAUAACCUGGCACAAGAUAAAAUAUAAACCAGAGUAAGGAUAAUCAACUUCUCCCAAGGAACCAAGAUAGGUUAGAAUGGGUUGUUUUCAAGGGGGUGCUUUAAGAGAACAUAACUUUUUUUGCCUUGGUGACAAAUUGUGCUACCCUAUUACUGUCAACUGUAACUGGCAUCAGUUUCCGCAAGUCAUAGGCUAAGAUCCUUCUUUGUGCAACCUGAAAGUCUUCUACUGGGAGUGAUGGGAAUCAUAGGACUGUAGAUAAACUAUUUAGCUCCAGGUUGGAGGGUUUUCCUUAAAGCAGAUGGAAAUAAAUGGGCUUUAACCAAAUGACCUAUCUAUUGGUUUACUUGCACAGACUUUAUGCUUUGUUUUGGGGGCAGUUAUGCAACAAUGAAUGCUCAUCCUGACUUGACUUUGGGUUGUUUAUAUAUCAUCCUGUCAAUUUGCUCGUCCCAUACUUUGUGAUGUUAGGAAAGUGACAGGGAAAUGAAUUUCAAAGUCCUUCAGAAAAAAGUGGAUUUGUUGCGCUAAGGUAACAGAGUGCUUUAACCUACUUGAAUUGUGCACACCUAAAGUUUUGGUGUGUGCUUGAAUCCCUCCUGAAAAACACUAAUGGCCUUUGGGGGGGGGGAUGGGAGUAGGGUGUCCUUUGGUUUUAAAUACCUCUCAGAGCUGGCUCUGCUGCUCAUGUUGUCCCUAUCUCCUGUGCCACAGACUGCUGAUCAGAAUGUCACCUACUGGGAUGCAUAAGGCUGUUUUCACCCAUCACUUGGAAAUGGGGCAGAAGCAGGAAGUGAUAGAGGUAAAAUGGUGUUUGUGCGUGACAGUAAAGUGCAUGCUAGCUAGCAAAUACCCGUCACACCUAGAGAGCAAGGAUGGUGCUGCAAAGACUUAUUAAAUGCUUUGUGUAGAAAGAGUUAGGAAUAGUGUUGCUGCACCCAGGUAUGUGUAUUUGGAAUUUUGUAGGAAUAUACUUUUACAAUACUGUAUACAGCCAUCUACUUGUGGGCUAUUAUUAUCUGCAUUGUAAAAUAUUGUGGUUUUAAAAUAAAAAAUAAUAAUUUUGGUUUGGAGAAUUUGGUGGGUUGUUUUAUUAUUGCUGGUUCACUGGGGGUGUUUUGUAGAAAUAACCUAGUAUUUUACAUUUUAAAAUUGAUGCUGUUGUAUUAUUUAGUUAUAUUUUAUAAUGUAAACUGCUUUGAAAGAGUUGUUCUCAGGAAGGCAAUCUAUAAAUAUUUUAAAUAGACAUAAAUAGUCAAAGCUAGUUACUACAGGCCUCUGGAUAUAACAGAAUAACUUCAUAAUUGCCUUUUUGUUAACAUGAAAUCUGAGAUUCAGCCACGGAUGAGAAGGAAGGAAGUCUGCAGUAUUAUGUGUGAAACAUCUAGGGAAUCUGCCUUUAUGGGGAUACAUAGGCUGACAAAAGGUGAGGGAUUACAUGCACAGUCCCUUGGGACUGGUAUCACUGGGCACAUGUCUCUUAAAAUCUGGCACUGCCCUCCCUCACCUCUUCAGCUCCCCCAUCUUUUUCAGUCCUAGCAGUGGAGUCAGGGAAGAAAGUGGUUAUGGUGCUUGAGGAAAUGUAGCAGGCCUGUUGCAUGGUAGUGGUGGGCAUUGGCUCUUGCUGAUUUCUGUUUCUCAGCAGGUCUGGAGCAAGAGUGGAAGGGUGAGAAGCAUUAAUCUCACAGCACUGGAUAAACAUGGCAGAGUAUACACAGAUGGUAAGGGCAAAAGAAGUGGGCUUGGCUGUAUGCUGCUACUCUGCAGGCAAAGCAAGUGAUGUUCCCUCAGUCCUGUGUGCCCUGCUCUCUCCCAGCACAACACUUGCUCAUGCUUCUUCCUAUUAACAUCCUCUCCCUAACGCCAAAGGAGAAUUUGGUUAUCCUACGCUAUAUUCUUUCCUCUUUCACUGCCCUUUCAGGCAUCUCUGGCUGGCAUUCUUAAAAGGUCCUCCCUAACUCUCACUGGAACGAGGUUUUCAGAUCUUAGUGAAAAGGCUAGGCUGAACUGCUUUGGUGAAUGUCACACUAGCCAUGCACCUAGGUCACAAAGCACACACGCCUUUACAUGUUUCUGCCUGUGAAAACAGUCUGAGGUAGAAUUCUGGUGAGGCCACAUUCAUAUUUAAAUAUGCAGCACAAUUUGAGACCCGGUCUAUGCUACUUGAGAUUUCACUUUUUCAAAUCACAGAUUUCACAUUUAGAUAGCAAAUCCUGAGCUCUUUGCAUCUUUAGCAUCAAACUUCCACACAAAGGGGGAGCUUGCUUUUUAGGCACAAUGAACAAUUAUAACUCCACAAGUAGAGUAGGACUAUCUUUGGCUGAUAUUUACACACUGUUUAGUAACUUGUGGCUUUUCUCAGGUACAGAUUCAACCAAAUAGUUGCAUCAGCAGUGCAACAAGUCCUGCCGAUGCAAUGGGGCUUCCUCCCCCCCAUGCAAUGGCUUUGGGGAAAUAUCAGAUCAGUCAGUCAACCUGUUACCCAUAGUUGUGUGCUCAGCAUUAUGAACUGCUUCUUUUCCCACUUGCGUUCUGCUUUAGUGAGAGGGGUCAGCCUUUACCUUUACCUUUAAGGAAGAUCAUUACCUAUUUUCCUAUCUGACCUUAUGCCACCAGAGCAGUUUGGGUGUUUUGCCUGGUCCAGUUCAGAAACACAGAUCCUUUAUGUUGCUGAGAGAAGACGCCCCAAAAGGCAACCACUUUUCCCUCAAAGCAGGUCCCCCCCAGGAGAGGAGCCAGGUGAAACAAGAAAGGUAUCUACUUUUUAUUAUUUGGCAUUGAGAUGCUUAUACUAUGCCACAUGCUUUACCAUCUUUAUUCUGUCAUAGAAUCAGAAUUGUAGAGCUGGAAGGGGUACCAAGGGUCAUCUUGUCCACCCCCUGCAAUGCAGUAAUAUCAACUGCAGCAUCCAUAAGAGAUGGUCAUCCAACCUCUGCUUAAAAACUUCCAAGGAAGGAGAGUCCACCACCUCUCAAGGGAGUCUGUUCAGCUGUUGAAGAGCUCUUACUGUCAGAAAGCUCUUUCUGAUGUUUAGUUGGAAUCUCCUUUCUUGUAACUUGAGUCCAUUGGUCUGGCUGCUACCCUUUGGAGCAGGAGAAAAGAAGCUUGCUCCAUGUUCAUGGGACAGCCCUUUAGACAUUUGAAGUUGGCUAUCAUAUCUCCUAUCAGUCUCCUCUUAUUCAGGCUAAGCACACCCAACUCCCUUAACUGUUCCUCAUAAGGCUUGGUUUCCUGAUGCUUGAUCAUUUUGGUCGCCCUCCUCUGCACACAUUCCAACUAUUAAAUAUCCUUCUUAAAUUGUUGUGCUCCAAACUGGACACAGUAUUCCAAGUGUGGUCUGACUAAGGCAGAAUAGAAUGGUACUAUUACUUCCCUUGAUCUGGACACUAUACGUCUGUUGAUGCAGCCUAAAAGAGCAUUACCUUUUUUUUUUUUUUUGCUGGUGCAUCUCACUGUUUAGCUUGUGGUCUACUAAGAACCCUAGAUCCUUUUCACAUGUACUGAUGGCAAGCCUGAUGUCCCUCAUUUUCUAUUUGUGCAGCUGGUGUUCCUGCCUAAUUGCAGAACCUUAUAUUUGUCCCUAUUGAAAUUAGUUUUGUUCAUUUUCUUAGUUUGAACCCAGUUCUCCAAUAUGUUAAAUUGGAAAAUAGGGACACUUGGAUGGUCUGAAAUAGUCACAUUUGACUUCAAAAGAGGACCAGUGGUCAGGGAUGAUGGGAGUUGUAGUCCAACAACAGCUGAGGAUUCAAGUUUAAGAAACACUGGCUUAGAGAAUAGUUUGUGGAUUAAAAUUGCAGAUAAGGUCGUGCUUAUGGAGGCAUAACUGCAGAGGCUGUCUGCAGAAAAUUCUGGUGAGUGAAAAAAGCCUUUGCAUGACAUUGAGGUCUACAUGUCUUUCUCAUGGGAAACUCUAUACCUGUAUUCCUGAAGGAGCGUCUCCACCCCCAGCAUUCAGCCCGGACACUGAGAUCCAGCACCAAGGGCCUUCUGGCGGUUCCCUCACUGCGAGAAGUGAGGUUACAGGGAACCAGGCAGAGGGCCUUCUCGGUAGGGGCGCCCACCCUGUGGAACGCCCUCCCAUCAGAUUUCAAGGAAAUAAAUAACUAUCUGAUUUUAGAGGACAUAUGAAGGCAGCCCUGUUUAGGGAAGGUUUUAAUAUUUGAUGUUUUUUCAUAUUAUUAUUAUUAUUAUUAUUCUGUUGGGAGCCGCCCAGAGUGGCUGGGGAAACCUAGCCAGAUGGGCGGGGUAUAAAUUGCUGCUGCUGUUGUUGUUGUUGUUGUUGUUGUGUUUGUUGUUGUUAAUUAUUAUUUGGAUCAGGAAUCUUCACAAGACCUUCCCCUCUGCUUUUUUCCUAGGAGGAGCACUUUGUAUACUAUGACAAUUGGGGAGAAGCACUGAGUGAUAAAAGCUUCCCUGUCUUGUGCCUGGUGAAUGUUGAAACCAGUGAAGUUUCAGUGCUAGAGGGCAUCCCAGGGCAUAUCUCACCUGGACAGGUUAGUGCAAUGCAGCAUGGGAAUUUAAUGGGACACUCCUCAAGCCACCAUGGAUUGCAAGCAUUUCAGAAUAAUGAAGCAAGAUUUAAAUUAAUAAAAUGGGAGGAGGAAGUCUCUGACCCAUUAGCUUUAUUUGGCUUGCAGAAGAAUGCAUGAAGCGGUCAUGCUAGGUGUCCUGGGUCCUAGAGGUGGUUCUGAGCUCACAAAUUGUAUUUCUCUUUAUGAUUCUUGCACUUUUUGCACCCUUAGCUUUUGAAUAGUGUUGAACUGAACAAGGGAAUCCGACAGUGGCUUUCCAUAUCCUCCUAGAAGGUGCUUUUUCAGAGCCAACUUUCCCUCAGCCCAGAAAGAGGCUUCCAUGUACAGGCAAAAAGAGGCAAACCAUCUCCCAACCCAUCCUGUUGCCUAUUGCAUUGCCUGUUGCAGUUGACGAUCUGUUUGGUACAGGAUGCUGUCACAUUCGCUCCCGACUUAAAUGUAGAAGUUCACAUCUUCUCUGUUUCAUGCAAAAAGCACCUUUGCAAUGGGUGGAACCAUGCAUACUGCUAAAAUUUUAAAGGUAGAAAGUUGCUGUUUAAAUAAAUUGGUGCUGGAGUACAGAGGUUUAUUCAUUUGUGCAACAUCAGUUCAAGUACUAGAGGCUGGAGCUCAGCAGAAGCCUGCUGGAGAAAAUGCUGCUUUCUCAGAUCCAUCACCUGACCCUUCAUCAUGUGCAGAGGCAGAUACAUACCUCCCAUGCUUUCUGCUUCCAAACAUUUGUAACAGUAAAUUAGUCUGCUGCCUGCAGAGCCCUGAUGAUUGGAACAUCUCCCAGUAAACAGCCUUGUUGCAUUUCAGCCGCUGCAGCAGCAUUCUGCAAAUCUUACGGGGAGACAAAGUUUAGCCCAUGGUGCAGCACACCCAGAUGUGAAUGGCUAAUAUUUUGCUUUUGCUUCCCUGGCCAGGCCCUGUGGUCCCCAGACGACAAAGGUAUACUGUUCGUUGGCUGGUGGCACGAGCCCUUCAGACUGGGUUUGAAUGCUUGCUCCAACAGAAGGUAAGCAAGUCACUCUUAAGUGUGAAACCAUGGAUUAAGCAGGACCAGCCACUGCCUCAGGGAAAAUUAUGAGGACAACAUUUUGCUCAGUUUAGAGGAAAAAAAUAAAACAAAAGGGGGGGGAAUACAUGUCCUGAACAAUAAUGAGAUCUUAGUCAGUGAUCUUGGUGAUCAUUUCUAAAAUGUAGAAUCGGCAGAAGUGAUAUUCUUGGGUUUGGAAGGAGCCAAAUGGGUUAUUUGUUAGUCCAGCUCCACCCCUGUCCUUCCUAAAAUAGUAUAGACUAUAUCUAAAUGAUUCCUGAUGGGUGCCAGCCCAUAUUUUCCUUGGUGAAAACCUCCAGGGAAAUGCAUUCUGCUUCUCUAAAGUAGCCUGUCCCACACACAAAAAAUAUAUAUAAAUAACUUUGAAGGUUUUCCUAAAUCAGUGGAAGGUGGAAGGGAAAACCUCUAGAUCCUCAGCUUCACUAUAUUUUAAGUGCGGAGUGUGAAAAUUUAAUCCUAUAGUUACUAGCAUUUAAUUCAUCAUGGGGUGGGUGGGCGGGUGAAAAACCUGGUCCCUGUUGGAGACGUCUCACCCAUUCCCCUCUCCCUGCCAUAGGUCAGCCCUUUUCCUCUUCGAUCUCUCUGAAAGUAGCUGCGGUAAGUCAUCUUGGAAGCAGCUUAUCUCUUGUCUCUCCAUGCAGCAUCUUUCCUUCCCAUAUUUUUCCAACAAUGGUGGGGGUGGGGUGUACCUGUAGCUUCUCAGUCACUUGGAGCCCUGGGUGGAUUUCCUGACCGUGACAAAUGUUUGCACAGUUGGUCAGGGCUAUCACAUUCAAAUAUGUCAAGGAUUCUUUGUUGUAACUUCACAAAUGGACACAUUUCAGCAGAAACAACUUUUCCUGCCUUAGUACUGCAAAGAAAGAGCAACAGUGACUGCCAAAUUUACAAUCUGUGUGUAUCUGCAAGCCAGAAGAGCCCAGUCUUCCAUAGAAUUCUGCAGCCCAGCAGAAUCUCGGUUUUGCAGCUUAGUUUGCCUUUUGUAAAGGAGCUUAAAAAUGCCCAGAGAUAUGGCCUUCUAAUGUUUCAGCAAUCAGACAUGUGGUUUGCAUGGCCGGAUUUAGGUGUGAUGAGGCCCUAAGCUACUGAAGGUAAUGGUGCCCUUUAUAUGUCCAGCUGUCCUUUGUCAACAACAAAUUGUCGCUGUUUUUUGUGUUGAAUAUAUUCUAUAUGGUAAUUUAUGGACCUAAUAGGUCCAUACACAACACAAAACACUGUUGCUGUAUGUAGGUUUUAUUUUAUUUGUUUUUUUAUCUUCUAUUUUGGAAAUGUACAUCCAGAUUUUUUUUCUUUACAUUUCUUUUGGGGGGGGCAAGAGAGUGGGGCCCUAAACUAUAGCUUGUUUAGCUUAUACAUAAAUCUGGCACUGCCUUUACAGGUUACUAGUUUCAAACUUACUUUGCUUUCCAAAGAUGUCUAUAGUUUCUUCAGUCACUAUUGCUCCUUUCUUAUAUGUUUUAUUUUUUUUCAAAAUGUGAGUAAAGAAGCGCUGUCAGAAGAAACCUCAGAGGUAAAUUUACAGGGACUUUUCAGAAAAGGAAUUUUUCCACUGUUAAGGUUUUUCUAAUUUCAUCACCUGGGGACUUCUGGCCAAUUGCCUUUAUGAGAUGGGUCUGUAUGUCGUGAUACUGCAUUGUGUCUGUGGUUGCAGAGUUGCUGUCCUCAGAUUCCGAGGCUGUUUCCUCUCCCCGGCUCAGCCCUGAUGGAACUCGCCUGCUAUACCUUGAGUGCCCUGUAUUUGGGCCUCAUCGCCAGUGUCUGAAGCUACAGAUGGUAAGUGUGGCGCUUCUGGUAGGUAGUUUCUUGGAAGAGAAGGGACUGUGGGUGCAGGCAGGUCAUAAUAGCAAAGGAACUGUGGAAUUUGAAAUGAGUAUGCAACAACAACAAAAAACAUUUAGAGAGUAGAAAAGCUGAGUUCAACAUGGCCUUAUUAUAAGAAGUUAAAAUGAUAUAGUUCUUAAAUGCAACUAAUUCUGAUUGCAGAAUUAAAACAUUGUAGAAUUUAGCAUUUAUUGAAAGAUGCUGUAAGGGAGAUUAGCUUGGAAUCGACUACUGAAAAGAUGCAGAGCAACUGUUCUGUGGGAUUCAGUGGAGGAGGAGUGUGAAGUUUGCUGCUUUGUAUUCAUUACCUGAUUUUUUUCCCUCCUGCUUAGCUCAACUGGCAAACUAAACUCACAUCUACAGUGGUGGACAUAGUCAGGACUGCCACAUCUGGUAAGUCUCAAUUUCAGAGACGGAGCAUGCAAAAUUAGAGUUGCUUUUUUAUCGCCUUGCCUCUUUAGUUCAUACAUGUCCUACCACCCAGCUCCUGCUACCACAUACAAAAAGAAUGCUAAGGCUUGCUUUUGUUACCCAAAAAUGGAGAGUCCUGCAGUCAGCCAUAUACCUCCAUAUACACCGUAUUCCACACAGUGUCUUUUUAUAAUAUCUGUUUGAUGCUGUUCUCCAACAUUUCUCCAAAGCUCCAGACUUCAGCCAUGUUUUACUUUAACCAUUUUCUCCCAUUUCAGGGUUUUUUGGGAUUUACUCAGGGGCACUGCCUCUGCUUUGUUGGGCUGCUGACAACCAUAGAGUCCUGCUUAGCACUCCUCAAAGGAGUAGAAAGGUAUGCUGAGACCAGAAGGGAAGACUUUGGGGUGUGAAGAUGGUGUACCAACGAAAGUUUGCAAAUGCUUUCCACCAGUCCUGAGAACUUGCAGGAUGUAUAGGAAGAUGUUCAGGUUUAUGUAGUGUGAAUGCAAAACAAUUGGCUUCAUAGAAAGUGUGUGUGUGUGUGUGUGUGUGUUUUCAUAUAUUUGUCUUCCACCAAUAACCUCAGAACAGAGCUUUAAGACUCACAACAAUCUUUAUGAUGUUGGUUGGGUUUAAAUAUUGUCGUGACCUGCUCAGUGAGCUUUGUAUUUAAACAGGGAUUUGAUCUUGGCUUCUCCAUGUCCUAAUAAAGCACUUUUGCCACUCAGACACACAUUUCAGAAAUGUAAGAGCCAAGCUUUAAUUACAGCUGGGGAACGUGAACCAUGUGUACUGAACCUGAAAAGGCUCAUGAGGGUGUAAAAAGUAUCUGUUGGAAAUCAGAGAUGAAGAAACUGUGAUUGAGAAGCUGGCAUACAGGAGGCCUCAAGGCAGCAGUGGCUUUACUUCCCUCACUGCCUUAGACAGACAGGAGCAUGGGAUCAAACUUGGAACUAAUUUGCCAGUUCCUGAGCAUCCUCCCCAGUUCCUUCCCUGCCUUAGCUAGGAACUGAGCCCCUAGUCUUUCUCUAGUCUUGGAUUACUUCAGAGGCAGCAAAAGUUGUGUCCUCCGGAUGCUGCUGGACUCACAUCAUCCCUGAAUACAGUCAUACCUUGGUUCUCGAACAGCUUAGUUGACAAACAAAUUGGCUCCCAGACGCCGAAAACCCGGAAGUAAGUGUUCCGGUUUUUGAACGUUUUUCAGAAGCUGAACGUCCGACGCUAAUUCCACUUGAGUGCAGGAAGCUCCUGCAGCCAAUCGGAAGCUGUGCCUUGGUUUUCAAACAGUUUCAGGAGUCGGAUGGAUUUCCGGAACGGAUUAAGUUCGAGAACCAAGUUUCCACUGUAUGCUGGCUGGGGCUGAUGGAAGUUGGAGUUAACACUAUUUGGAGCGUUACAUUUCUUCAAGUGGCUACAGCACAUUUCCCCCCGGGAUUACACAAUAGAUUUUGGACAUACUGUGGUUCCAAUCUGCGUCGUUCCUGCCUCAGAAGGAUGUUCUCUGCCUUUCUUGUUCUCUGUGCUUUGACUCUCCAUCAGGAUACAGAACUGGGGAUACAGAACUGGCCUUAGGACCUUGCUAGUUAGUGCAAAGUUUGAUCACGUAUCCCUGCCUUUGGUGACUGGGUUAACACACACAAUGGUGCCCCGCAAGACGAAUGCCUCGCAAGACGAAAAACUCGCUAGACGAAAGGGUUUUGCGUUUUUUGAGUCGUUCCGCAAGACGAAUUUCCCUAUGAGCUUGCUUCGCAAGACGAAACGUCUUGCGAGUUCUUGCGAGUUUGUUUCCUUUUUCUUAAAGCCGCUAAGCCGUUAAUAGCCGCUAAGCCGCUAAUAGCUGUGCUUUGCAAGACGAAGAAACCGCAAGACGAAGAGACUCGCGGAACGGAUUAAUUUCAUCUUGCGAGGCACCACUGUAGUUAUUUGGAGGCUUCUUGCACACCCACUGACAGGAGCCUUUGUGGUAGGUGGCCAGUGUUCCAAAAAUAUUCUCUGAGAUUAUGUAUGAGUGGGGGGAGGAAAGUGAGAAAAAGCUUUUUUCCCAUUAUUAAGUUUCCAUGGGCUCUUGUAACAGAGCUGCCGCUUUCCCAGCCCUCACUUUCCUUCCUUUAUUAUCUCUUGCAGGAGCUGCUGGUUGUGGAUACUGAGCUGGGGAGUGUGAAGGCUGUUACAGAAGGUACAAUCAAAUCUUAGCUUGCAAAGUCCAGGGGCCGUAUUGUGUUUGCUGAGAUCUGUCCCAAAGACCAGGCACGUUAAUUGAGAAGUCUCCCAUAUCCUGUAUUUCUGCCCAUUUCCGAGAUCUCGGGGAAAAGGAAGGGGCUAGAAGGCUACAGCCAAGCUCUUCCACUUCCUGUAUGCUGGCUUACAUUCUCAACAAGAGGCAGCCACUAGUAAUCCAUGCCAGAUCUAGUUCCCUUUCUUUAUAAGGGGUCUUUUUUUGAGGCAAAUGAAGCUAGAAUAUUGGUGCUAGACUACUACUUCUGUUCAUUGUGUACCUGUUUUUUAUAUGUGUAUAGAACUGGCCUCAGCUACAUUUCGCAUCAUUCCUUGCUGGGGCCAAAAAGCCUCCUGAGUGUUGCUUGCUUGCUUGUUCUCCUAUGAGGCAGCCAGCAUUCCGUUACGUCUGUAGUUGUAACCCAUUAAUCGUGUGGCACCUAGAUGUUUUCCAUUGAGAUUAUGAUCCCAAUGUGGGGUCCCACUGAGAUUGGAUACGAAUGUGCCCUUGAGAUACAUCAGUAAAAAGUUCUGGCGGAUCCUUCUAUGCUGUUCAGGAUGAGAAGGAAUUCUGUGAUCCUCUGAGUAGGCUUCUUUGCUUUAUGCUUCAGCUCCCAGGGGACUCUUUCAGAGAGUUGGGCCUUUCAUCACUUGCUCCAUUCAGAACAUGGUUCCUGUUAGAUGUUAGUAGCUGCUCCUUGCUCCCCCGUAUUACUUGGGUAUGCAACUGCUCAUCUAAUUUCAUCAAUAAAACCAGUUCUCCUCUUUCCCCAUUCCCUGUGUGAACAUUUGCAUUUUAAUAUCUUAAUUUCAUUUCAUUUUUGAGGAUUAUGCCCACCCCCUCUCCAGGGAAAGAGCACCCUCCUCCUUCUCUUCUUCUUCUUCUUCUUCUUCUUCUUCUUCUUCUUCUUCGAUCACUCAUAGCCGAGUAAGAUUGUCUUCAAUGAACACCGUAUUAACAGUGAGUCCAUAAGUGAUUGUGAAGCCCAAUUUUGGAUCCGCCCAUCCUACCACAGUGGGGACAUAGGUCUCCGGGCAGGAGUUGAUCAUGGUGAGAGUUUGACAAACAUGCCUUCCUCUUAGCAUGUUUCUCCCUUUCGUCCUGAGUUCAAGUGUCUUCAAAGCCCAUGACACCUUUGGUAAAGGCUGUUCUUCAAAUGGAGCACUCACAGGCCACUGUUCACCAGUUGUCGGUGUUUAUACUACAGUUUUUUAGAUUUGCCUACCUACCUACCCACUCUAUUCUCUUUCCCCCUUUAAAUAAGCAAAGAGCAAUGUAGCAGGGAGACAUUUUCUUUCAAAGCCAGGUGCUUUCUUUCCCUCCUCCUUCUCCCCUCCUUCCCAAGUCAUAGCUGAUCUGUUGAGUCACUCACUGACAGCCCCAAUAACUCCUAAGCAGUACUCUCUGUAAUCCGUCCCAGGCACUCCAGAAGGUAGCUGGACCCUGCUGGGAAUUCAGCAGGAUCUCCUGGUGGUGAGCUGCUCAUCUCCCAAUUGCCCUCCAAGCCUGGUAAGAAACUUACCUUGCAGGUCAAGGUGUGGGUUGCUUCACCCUCCAAUCCCCUCUCCAUUAUUUCUAGGGGAACCUGAUAAAAUUGGCAGGUGCCGGAGUGAGCUUUCAUACUGUGCUCUUUUUCACAAUGCUUGUAUGUGAAUUUUAAGCAAGGCUGUAGCCAAAAAACCCAAUGUGAAUGUUUCUUUAGCGUGACUAUUUAGCUUUGUUCAAACCACAGAUAUGCCUCUGUAGCCCUCCAGAUGUUGUUGGACUCCAACUCCCAUCAGCCCCAGUCAGCAUGGCCAGUUAUCAGGGAUGCUGGGAUUUGCACUCCAACAACAUCUGGAGGGUCAUAGAUUUCCCAUUCCUGAUUUUCACACUGGCCUAGUUCACACUGAGCCAUGGUUUGUUUGCUAGCAGCAAAUCACAGUGUGAAACCAAGGUUUAUUUCUGGCUUAGGAGUAAUGGUUUGUUAUAUCUGUGGUUGGUGCUAUGUCCAUAUUAGGCAGCCUUACUUAACCAUGGUUUAUUUGGCCACUUCACCCAUAUCCUCAACAGGCUACAGAGGAAUUGAGGAGAGAAUAGCCGGAAAACAAACCAAGCUUUAAAAAGCUGUGGAUUGUUUGCUCAUAUGUGAGAUGAUAUGUGGUUUGUUGAACAAAUUGUGGCCAAUACAAAUUAUGGUUUAGCAUUACAUUUUAAUGUGGUCACUGUAUAUAGCAACACAGAAACAGUAAGCAAUGUCAUCUCGGGAAUACCUUCAGAAAGAAAGAGAGCCAGUGUGGUGUAGUGGUUAAGAGCGAUAGUCUCGUAAUCUGGGGAACCGGGUUCGCGUCUCCGCUCCUCCACAUGCAGCUGCUGGGUGACCUUGGGCCAGUCACACGUCUUUGAAGUCUCUCAGCCCCACUCACCUCACAGAGUGUUUGUUGUGGGGGAGGAAGGGAAAGGAGAAUGUUAGCCGCUUUGAGACUCCUUAAAGGGAGUGAAAGGCGGGAUAUCAAAUCCAAACUCUUCUUCUUCUUCAGCCCAAGCCCUGGAGCCCAUCAGCCUUGUGCUGGGAAUAAAAGCUCAUUCAUGAUUUGUGCUAAUUAUAGUUAAGACACCAUAGGCAAACCAUGGUUUGAGCUGCUUGUUUGCUUUAGUUUUCUUUUUGCUCAGCACUCAUUUCUCCUUGAAACAAUUGGCUCCAGAGGUAGAGUAACAUCCAUAAUUGAAGUUUAUGAAUUCUGGCAAACUAUGGUUUGAUAUCUUGGUUUGGCAGCUUAUCACAAACACUUACUUUUGAAAUAAUACAAGUUCAGCCAUAAAACAAGCCAUGAUUUGCACUUACAAACCAUGGUUUGGCAUGUCAGUUGAAUAUAUCCUUAGUGGAACAAACAGUUGUGUAAAUUCCCUUGUGGAUUGCAACAAAUGCAGACUCCAUCGAAGAUAGAUAUUUGAGGACAAAGCUAGUGCUAUAUAGGCUACUUGCAACGCUAAGAGAUCUCGUGCAGCACACUGUUUGGUCCUUCAGGUUAGGUAACAAACUAUUAUACCUGCUUCGCAGAAGGUAGGAGUGCUUCCCCCUGCAGGAUGUGAGCUGGAACUGCAGUGGACGAGUGUGGAGGAAGCCUCUGAACUGCCAGAUAUGGAAUGGAAGAUUCUCACAGUACAUCCUCCCAUGACUGAGGACAACCAGUACAGUAAGGAUGCAGGAACAGGGAGCCUCAGGCCAGGCACUUGACUCACUCUCUCACACGCACUGUUGGUUGUGCUUUACUCUGUACUAUGCAGUAAGUCUGUCUUAAGUGGGACUAGGUUUGGCUGUCUGGGACAGCCUGGCUUAUGGGAAUGGUCAGGGCUCCUGCAUAGGUGAGGUGCAUUCUUCAUUAAUUCAUUUUGUGUGUUGUUUUUUUAAAAAAUCUAACUAAAGAGUAAUCUGAGCUUGGUGUAGAAAUUGGGGAUAGAUUCAUCACCUUGCCCUGAGUGCUGGGACAGCCCAAACAGAGUUAAAUAGGAUGAAUGGAAUGAAAGAGUUCAGCAUUGGGUAGCCUGGAUUCUUCAUCCAUAGUGUCACUGUAAUGUUUGAAGCAGAGGAAAAUUGGGAAGGACAUUGCACUGAUGGUCCUUCGUAACAUAAGUUAAAGUCUUAAGGCAGGCAUCCCCAAACUUGGCCCUCCAGAUGUUUUGGGACUACAGUUCCCAUCAUCCCUGACCACUUGUCCUGCUAGCUAGGGAUGGUGGGAGUUGUUGUUCCAAAACAUCUUGAGGGCCGAGUUUGGGGGUGCCUGUCUUAAGGCCUUCUUUUGCAUUUGGGGCCCUGAGCAGGAGGAGGUGCUAGGUGGAGGAGGAGGGGUGCCUGUAAAGCCCUGGGGUUGCAGGUUGACUCCCCCAGGGUAGUGAAGUUUGAAAAAUGGCACUCAGCAGCAAAUAGCUAACGUGUGGCCUUUUUUGCAGCUGGCCAGGCAUUUGAAGCCCUGUUGCUGACUCCUCGGGGGAACAAACGAGGAGAAAAGACAUUUCCCCUUAUUGUUUCUCCACAUGGUAAGUCACCACAGCUCUUUUCUGCUGCCUGCCCUGACAGCUGGCCCCAUCCUUCUUUGCUUCCUUCUCGUCGUUCUGUUAGGACCCUAUCUAAGGUGAUCAUUUUACAUUUUUUCCUAUGAGAGCAGAAAUCUUAAGACUGAAUUCUGGAAUGUAAAGAGGGCAUUUCCAACCUGUUGCCUAUUUUCUUAUUUCCUGAACACAAACUUCUCAGCUGCCGAUUGUGAAGGGGGUAUAUGACAGAUCGGUGGUGCCUUGACUUCUCUGAACUCUUCCCCCAAAUUGGGAGAUGUCCUUUAAAGCUGACAUUCUGUUUCCAGGUGGCCCGCAUGCUGUCUUUGAUGCUUGUUGGCGUCCUAAAAUGGCAAGUCUCUGCCAGUUGGGUUUUGCUGUGCUCAUGGGUGAGUGCCAGAAGACCCCUGUCUCCCAAACCCACAUACACUCCUUGCUGCUGCUCCUGAGGGCUUGGCAAGAGUGCCAGCACAUGCAUUUUACUGUGUGUCUAACAAUCCAGUGUACAGUUGUGUAUUGGAUGGGAGAAGGAUGCCUUGCUGAAAAAGAAUAGCCAUUUGACUUCUUGAAGGAUGUCCUCAGAUUUCCAGUUUCCUCUCAGCCCUCCCACCUGCCCCCCUUGAGAAAAAAAUGCCACGAACAAGCCGGGAAGUUAUUUCCAGGUCUAGCCUUUUUCUGAUUUAUUCUUACUCCUUGAGAAAUGACUUUGCUUGAGAAAUACCUCACAGGUUUAGUAUGCAUUGUGACAAAAAGAGGGUGAGAUUGUCUUGGUGUGUCCUAGCAGAAGUUGGGAAACAGAACAAGAAAUUCCCUGUCAAAUGGCCCUGAAGGGGUUUUAUGUGUGUGAGAAGACAGUGGAGCCUCAUUUGACCUAAAGCUAAGGGUAUGCAGAGGCAGAAUUUUCUGUACUCUGCAACCCAGGCAAUGGCUUGCAAUUCAGUUUCUAGGCAGCACUUAAGCCAGUUUCCUGGUUCAAAUAUUAUGGCGAACUGGGACUUACCUGGAAACCAGGAAAUCCGCUCUCAAGCCAGACAUGUGCCAGGAGUAGAGAAGCGCUUGAGGUGAGUGCUUGUUUCCAUUCCAACAAAUCAGUUUAUUGUAAUGGCAACAUUAUGUCUAAACUGGACCAACGAUAUCCAGUAAUUGUGCCAUAGGAAACUGAAAGCAGGAUAUUGUCUUGCAUGUGGUUUGUAACACUUCAUAUUCAAACAUAAGUGUUCCCUGCGCUGCAUGUUCCCUGUGCCAAGCACACCUCAGGGGAGCAGGAAAGCCCUGAAUGUCCCUUGAGGACAUAACAACUCACACUUUGCUUUGCCUUUUUUCUGGGCAGUGAAUUACAGGGGUUCCCUGGGCUUUGGGCAAGCCAGCAUCGAGUCUCUAAUCUCCCAUGUGGGAGUGCAAGAUGUGGAGGACACACAGGUCAGCCCCUUUCCUUUCUUUCCCCAUUCCCUAGGGUAAGGCCAAGCUUUGACGAUAAAAGAGCAAAGGAUGAUAAUGGCACUGAGUAUCAGUUUGCACUGCUUAUAAUAGCAGGCAACCCAUUUCCCCUUUAGCAGCUGGUGGGGCUGCAUGGGUGGGGCUCUGUCGCUGUCCUGGCUUCCCAACACCAUGGGCUGCUGCAGCUUACUGAAGGCUGAGGGGUAAGGAGUUCAGCGCAUAGUGGCAGAGUCAUUGAAUGGGCUCACAGUGCACCAUGCUACAGGGUGGGAAGGAGAGGUAAUCACAAAGACCACCUAAAAUUAUCUAUAGGCUCUGCACACAUGAAGACUGUUCCUUCUGUUCAACUCCUUUCUCCCUUUCAUCUCAGCAGCUUGUGAGAAGUCAUGGCAAAGCCAUACCUGCCAGCUUCACUGAUGGCAUAGAUCUUCUUGGUCAAGUGUGAGAUAUGUUUUUGAACAGCAGAACACCUAGACCUUGAGCCCCGGGGCGCUAAUGGGACAGCUCUAUACAGAGACAUCUGUCCGCAUCUCUCUGCCAGCAUCCCUCAAGAAGACAUACUCUGCCUUGUGCAAUCAGUUGAUGUUCACUGAGCUUUGGGGGAUGAAGUCAGGUGGGGCCGGGGAAUCACAUGUGAGAGUGGAUAUGAUAGGCUACAGGCUCAGGAUUGAGGGCUGCCUUCCCCACCCCUGUUGGUUGAGCCUUUUUGGAAAGAGGUUUGCACCAGUCCCUGCAAACAUACAUGACUUUGACUUAUUUCGGCUCUGGCAGCUGGCAGUGAAAUUGGCAUUACGGACGGAACCUCUGGACCCAGACAGAAUUGCUUUGCUGGGAGGGUCUCAUGGUGGCUUUGUCUGCUGCCAUUUGAUUGCCCGAUACCCAGAGAUGUACAAAGCCUGUGUAGUCAGAAGCCCUGUCAUCAACAUGGCCACUCUACUGGGGACCUCUGACAUCCCUGACUGGUAAGGAACUUCAUUUUUUUCUGCCUUGCCCAACCCAUUUUCAUUCACCCAUCUCUCUGCCAUGUCCCCUUCCUGUGUCAGUUUGAGCCAAUCUCCCUAAUCCUCACUAUUCAGGUUGCAUUCACCCUCUCUUCUUCUCUGACCCCAUUGCCCCACUCAACAAGGCCACUUCUACAGCUAUCUGAAAAUAGUUUUUUGUUUGGCUCUUUGGUAGAGCUGAGGAUUGAGGGCAUGAUGCUAACGGACUGCAUCGUUUCCAUAGGAGGUAUGCAGUGCUAGGUCUGCCAUACUGCUUUGAGAGGAUUCCUACUGAGGAAGACCUGAUUGCCAUGCUGCUCUGCUCCCCUAUAAUUCAUGCUGCAAAGGUAAGAGACAGUUAGUAGAACUGUUCAUUGGAUGUAGCAUGUGUCCCUCUAGGAGGUGCCGUUUUUUGUUGGGUCGUCCCCCAGCCCACCCUUUGUGCCAUAUGUAGGGCUCUGUGUAUUGCCCCAGUUUGGCACCAAAACUGUACUGCUGCUUAAUUUGCAUUUGCAGUAUGGAAUUCAGCAUCCUGAGAACCCUUAUGGCUGAAGACAGACUUGACUGUACAUGAAAAAUGCUUCCUGAUAUUUGAGCAGCCAGAAGAAAAGCUAAAUAGGAUUUCUGGAGUAUGUGUGCAUAAUCUCAUUGUCCUUAAUGGCAACAGGGAUGCCCUUGACUAUAUCUAUAUAUAGCAGAAGCCAAAUAGGCAUCUAGGUUCCACUGGCUUCAUUUGCAUGGUCUAUAUAGUUGCAGGGUUCUAAUUUUCUUGGCACAGCAUUUUUAUUUUUUACUUUAGUGAAAAGGCAGAUUUUGGUACUUGGCUCCAGGCAAGAAGCAGGGCCUUGUUUUUGUUAGUCACACACUCCUUCUGCUACAGGUGCACACACCAUUACUGAUGUAUGUGGGUGCCAAGGACCGGCGAGUGUCUCCGUACCAAGCUCUGGAAUAUUACCGUGUGCUGCGAGCCAGAGGUAUCCCUGUGCAGUGAGUUCUCAUCCUUUGCCUUCCACAUAUUUGGGUUAGCAAUCUUCACACUUUUGCUUGAAUGGAAUCCCAUGCCUGGUAGCUGAGCUAUUCUCUCUUCCAGAAUGUAUUGAAACAAUCAGUGUUUGUAGAACACAAGUCUCUCUCAAAACUAAUCCAAAUCUGAGAGCAUGCAUACUUUGAGGAGUGUGUGUGUUCCUUGUGCAAUCCUUCUGUUCCCAAAACAUGCCAGGACCCUUCUUCCAAGCUUUUCACAUUGCAUAUGCAUAACUGCUCUGGUUUCUCCUCAGUGUUGUUCCUUAUGUUUGGCCAAGGCCUUCUCUUAAAUAUGGAGAGUGAACACACCAGGGAAUUAAGGUUUCUCUAUAUUUGACUACAGUACGCUUGGAAUCACUGGCUUGGUGGCUGUUGGUGGAAUAACACCCUCAGUCACUUCCACUUGCUGUUCAUGAAGCUUCUGAGCCCUUCCUCGGUUUGCUGCCCCAUUCAUCUUGAGGUGGUGAAAGUGAUUACCUUCACACCCUUCUGGAAAAGUGCAUGGAAUUGAAUGGGGAAGCUAGAAGAGUAAUGCUUCUCACUUCCUCCUGUAUAUGCUUAGACUCAGGUCAGUACCUGAGUGGCUGAAUGGUAAGCAGAAUAACUAAGAGGAUAGGAGAGGAAAGAAAGCAAUUUGGGAGUCUAGGAGGAGGACAGUGGAGCAACUGGUAGCAGGUGGAGGGAGGAGGCAGAGAGAUGAAAAUUGGGUGCUGCAGGAGUCAGUAAAGAAAGAGAAUUAAGUGCCAGAGAGCAAAGGCACACACAUGUAUUUUCAAGUUGGAUACAGUAAAAUUGACCCUCUUGAAAUGACAUAAUUUAUAAUUUAUGACAUAAUUAAGCAUCACCAGCAUCAUUGUGUAUGUCUGCAUUGACUGAACCAUGAAAAUGACAGCUCUGGAACUUUCCAGUCCUUCCAUGGCACAAAACCAUGGAUCCAAGGCACAGAUCAUCCUGGGAAUUCUAGAGGAUCAGCUUUAAUUCUACUGGAUCUGAUUUUUACCCAGACCCCAUAGGAAAGCGAAGUCUCUCUCUGUGUGUGUCCGUGCAUCUGUUGUGAGGGGAAAUGAUUUGAGAAGGUGACAAAGAGAAAAGAACAACUGGAGGGGGUGGUGCUGAUGGCAAAUGUUCCCAGAGGACCGAAAAGGUUGGUGACUCCUGAGCUAUGCCAUCCUUGCCUCCUUUUGCCCAUUGUGUCCUGCCUAAAUGAGGUUUCUUAUCAGGAGAAGCAGCAAGCUAACCAGUAGAUGGUGCUGGUGCUUCAGUAUCUACCCUUUCAGUCAAAGGGGAGAAAUUCCCUAUGCAAAGCGUACUAGGUACACUAUAUUAUUGCUACUUUGAUCAGUUUUCACUCAGUUAAGCAAUUGUCCAUACUUUGGAUACUCCUUAAGAUCGUUUUUUGCAUGUCUGUGUUGCAUAGGUAAAGGUAAAGGUACCCCUGCCCGUACGGGCCAGUCGUGUCUGACUCUAGGGAUGUGCACCCAUCUCACUCAAAAGGUGGGGGGCCAGCGCUGUCCGCAGACACUUCCGGGUCACGUGGCCAGCGUGACAAAGCCGCAUCUGGCGAGCCAGCACAGCACAUGGAAACGCCGUUUACCUUCCCGCCAGUAAGCGGUCCCUAUUUAUCUACUUGCACCCGGGGGUGCUUUCGAACUGCUAGGUUGGCAGGCGCUGGGACCGAGCAACAGGAGCGCACCCUUUCGAUCGGCAAGCCCUAGGCGCUGAGACUUUUACCCACAGCGCCACCCGCGUCCCCUGUGUUGCAUAGUUUCUUUCAUAAUUGUAGUAUCAGGAAAAUGAUGCAAUAUGUAACAGAUCUAAAGUUGAACAGCUCUGUAUCUGGAAAGAGUAACUUCAGCAUCUAACUUGCAUUACAAAAGAGGCUAAAUGGACAGGUACAAGAUAAUCUGUUAGUGCUAGAAGCACAUUAUGGAGGACUUCAGCAAUAAAUAUCUGUGGCUGGGUUGCAAGGCAUCAAUACCAAAGGGAAGUAAGGAUUGAACUGAGAGAAGAUAUGGAAGGAUAAAAGAAAACAUUUCAGAGUUACUUUUCUAUAUGGUAGUUGCGUGGACAUUUCGGUCAUAAAUAACAGUAUAAGGCAGGGGUGGGACUUGGAUGAAACUACAUUUUAUAAUCUGUUCUGUUUUUGCUAACCUGUAAAAAAGGCCAUGUACAGCCCAUUGCCCACAGGAACCAUGGUGCCUGCAAAGACUGUAACUGGUGCUUACAAGCAAGGUCCCCAGACUCUGAGCUUCUUCUUUUUUAAAAAAUGAAUGUCUCUAACCCUCCUAGAAAGAAGUUAUGGAGCAAGCUGGGGAGGUACCCUUCUAAAUGAUUUCUGUAAAAUGAGUGAGGCUGGCUUCUCCUGCUUGUCAUUGUUUCUAAUUAUUGAAGUUAGAGCUGUGAUUGAUAAGUGAGUUGUUUGAGCACCAGGCAGCAGGAAUUGCUGGGGUUCUAAAGAGCUGCUGUGUCCCUCACCCUUUUAGUGUACCCUUCCUGCUCUGUUUUUCUAGGAGUCCUUGGAGUGCCUGGAAUCUCCACUAUUUGCCCUACUCUUUUUCCCUAUCAACCAGGAUGCAUUUUUCCUGUGUUGAUUUUGUCUAAGAUCACUGUUAUUUUCUGCAAAUAGUACUACACAGUAAGUGAAGCUAGGUGUUAAAGAAUCCCCUCCUCAAAUAGCAAAUGCAAAACAUUGCAAUGAACCUUAAGACAUUUCUGUAGGUGCGGGAACUGUUGUCCAGGCACUCGUUUAGAAUUAAUUGUAUAGUUAGCUUAAAGUACAAUGGUGUACAUGUCUUAUUCAGAAGUAUUUCUCCUUGUGUUUAAUGGGGCUAACUCCCAGGUAAGUAGGUGCAGGAUGGCAGCCUAGGCUUUGGUUUAGGAUUGGCAUGGAAUAAAACAGGGUUCUUGAUCUGUAACUCCGCACUGACUUCCCGUGAUAAAUUUGAGGUAUUCUGGUGGACAGGGGAGCAGCAAUGACUGUACGCACUAAUUUUGUGUUACGUGUGUGGCAGCCAUUUUGUGACAGGCACCCUCAGCACUCUCAAAAUUCAAAAUGUGCUCAACUGGUCCAAAGAGGUUGGCAACCCCUGUCUUAUAUGCUUAUUUACUACAAAAUCAUGGUAUGCAAAAUAUUGGGGAAAGGCUCGGAUGCCAAACAUGACUGAGUGGGAAUUGAAAAUUUAUUAAUAGGAAGUAAUGGGGAAGCUUACAAGUUAUAUAGGGGUUAAUGAAGGGAAGGAAAUGAUUAAGAGACUUGUUCAGAACUGGGGAAAAAUGUAUGUUUUUUAUUGGUAUAAUAAGGCACAUACUUCAGGGACUUUACAUUUUUUUACUUGACAUGCUGUAACAAGAAACAGGUAGUGAAGGGUAAAAUCAAAGUAUGGAUGUACUAUAUAGUGUGGAAGUGUUGCGUAGCCUAGUUAUGUUAUUAAACUUGAUAUGCAUAUGCGUUGCAUUCCUAAGUAAAUUCCAAAUGGCGGCUGCAGUACACAGUGGAAACCUUAGUUCGUUUUUGGUUGCACUAUUAUGCCUACAAGGUAGGUUGCAAACUUUCAAAUCUUGUAUGUUCUUUCUCAGACAUAGCUAUUUAGAGGAAGUCUUUUUUUAAAGACUAUGUUCCGUUUUAUAGCAGAAGAGCCUAAGGGAAACAGAAGGGUGAUGGAAAGGGUGGCACAAAGACCACCCCCAUUAGUACAAUCAGUUUCCUAUAUCCACAGGCAUCAGAAUAUAGUACAGUGGUACCUCGGGUUACAUACGCUUCAGGGUACAGAUGCUUCAGGUUACAGACUCCUCUAACCCAGCAAUAGUACCUUGGGUUAAGAACUUUGCUUCAGGAUGAGAACAGAAAUCGUGUGGCGGCAGCGGGAGGCCCCAUUAGCUAAAGUGGUGCUUCAGGUUAAGAACAGUUUCAGGUUAAGAACGGACCUCCAGAACGAAUUAAGUUCUUAACCCGAGGUACCACUGUACAUGGUCCACAGAUAAUAUAACUGGUGUCCCAGAACAUCUAUUAACAUCUCAUCCUGCAGAGCAAUAUGGUUCGUUCUUACAAAGCCAAGUAGGUUGUGGAACACCCAUGAUUUAGCAGACCUAUUUUCCCAUGCCUAGGCUAGGCUGUAGGAUCACCUGGAGUAGCCAGAAGAUGAAGUGAUGUCUGAGCUUUGCCCUGAAGGGGCAGUUCAGACAUCAUUAGAAUUGCUAACAGAAAGCCGCACAAAUGCCUUGUGCUUCUACUUUUUCAUGUUUUCCAAACAUCUCAAUAUAACAAACCUUUGGAUAUCACAGCGUAGGACUUACAUCAACCUCGACUAAUGGUUUUCUAACUUUCUUUCUGAUUUUGCAUAUUAUUUUAUUUAUAUUUUUUCAAAUGCUUAUUAUUGAGAUUUAAGUUAUUGCGUUAAAAUCCAAAUCCUAAAUAAACUCCUGCUUAGUCCUUUUUCGCAAUAAUUCAUAUAAUGCUCCUUACAAAACUUUUUGCAACCCUACAAGCGAUGUCAAUUGAUUGCAAUUGUCUUCCAAAUAUAUCAUAAAUUUCUUCCAAUCUUUCAGGAAAGUCUGGUCUUGCUAGUUCUGAAUUUUCCCAGUUAAUUUUGCCAACUUGGCAUAGUCCAUCAGUUUCAUCUGCCACUCCUCUUUUGUUGGUAGUUCUUGCUUCCAUCGCUGGGCUAAUAGUAUUCUUGCUUCAGUUGUUGCAUAUGAAAACAAUUUUUUAUCAUGCUUGUAAAUCUCUGUACGUCAUUUUCAUUAUAUUUUCCUUUAAAGCACUGCUGGCAGUGAAAUUUAUUCCCUCUUUCCAUAAUUUCCCCCAAUCUUCUAAUUGUAUAUUAUGACCAAUAUCUUUAGCCCAGUGUAUCAUAACUGAUUUAACGUCUUCAUCUUUCAAAUGCCACUCCAGUAAUAAUUUAUACAUUUUGGAUAAUAUUUUAACUUUGGUAUUUAACAGUUCUAGUUCAAAUCUCGAUUUUGUAUAUCCAAAUCCAUUUUUCUUUUUAUCAUCUUUAAACAUUUUGUUAAUUUGCUGAUAAUGCAACCAAUCAUUCACAAAACCUUCAACUUCCUCAUAAGGUUUUAAUUUCCAUUGGUUAUCCAUCUCCACUAUUUGUUCAUAGGUGGCCCAAUUUUUAUUCAUAUUUUUUUUCCACACUCAUUGUCUCAAAAUGCAUCUAUACUCUUAAAGGUAAAGGUAAAGGUAAAGGGACCCCUGACCAUAAGGUCCAGUCGUGGACGACUCUGGGGUUGCGGCGCUCAUCUCACUUUACUGGCUGAGGGAGCUGGCGUACAGCUUCCGGGUCUUGUGGCCAGCAAGACUAAGCCGCUUCUGGUAAACCAGAGCAGCACAUGGAAAUGCCGUUUACCUUCCCACCAGAGCAGUACCUACUUAUCUACUUGCACUUUGACGUGCUUUUGAAUUGCUAGGUUGGCAGGAGCAGGGACUGAGCAAUGGGAGCUCACCCCAUCGCGGGGAUUCAAACCGCCGACCUUCUCAUCGGCAAGUCCUAGGCUCUGUGGUUUAGACCACAGCGCCACCUGCGUACUCUUAAGAGGACUCAAUUCCAUGAAAGGUCCUGAAUGUAGAGCCUGAGCGGAACCAAACUUAAUCUCUCUCUCUCUCUCUCUCACUCACACACACACACACACACACACUCCAAAAGCAAAAAGUUAGUACUAUCUAAAAGGUCCAGUCCCUGCUCAACCAUACUGAUUGUUCAGAAUUGUGGACAACAGCAAAGGCUAUCCCCAAGUAUACAACAUGCUUACAUAUAUGUUGACAGGAUUUUGUAAAGUUGAAUAUGAUGUAGUGUCACAUGUAGGAGUAUGCCACUGUUGCUGAAAUGUGAUUGGAGCAUGAUAGAACAGAAGUGUAGGCAGAGAAUGGGGGGCAUUAUUUGGAGAAGCUACUGCUAGCAGCAGAAGGCAGAUAAAAAGUUAAGGACUGUGGCGAUCACACAGGGUCCUCGGACGUUUAACGGUCUAUUGAUCCCUGUGCCACCACUGUGCUUGCUUCCCCGCUGCCACCAACCCGUUCCCUCAGGUAAAACACUUGAGUCCAGACAGUUGUUAAAAGUGAACCAAAUAAACAAGUUUAUUUUAUAAAUAUCAACAAGUUUAUGGUUUCUCAGAUAAUAUUCCUGUCAGUAUCUUAACUUUAGUUUCUUUACCGGCCUAUACCUUCCUAAUACCUUCUGACUGAUUAUCUCAGCUGUUUGACUGACUCCUCUUAACAAAUUCUCUCACUCUCUCACAUCAGACUAGCCUAACCCACAGACUUAUCCUCUCUGCCUCUUCUAACUCCAGACUGUCUUCUCAACCACCCUAACUCUAACUAACUCCCUUCCCUUGGGUUCCCAUUGGUUAGUCAUUUUACAAUUAGUUAACCCUUUCCUUAUGAACCCAGUAUGAUGUCACACACCUAGGAGGGCAAACGCCACAAGGACGCAGUAGAUGAGCACAGCAUUUGCUAAAGAAAUGAUUUUUAAAAGUCCAAAGCAAUACAUAGAAUUAUCAUGACUAUACAAGCAUUUCAUCUGUUUCUUCUUUUCGUAUGUGUCAAUUGCUGCAAUGUCUGUAUUUCAAAAACAAUUUGUAGAUAUCCUAAUAGUCUGAAAACCUAAAGGUCCACAGUUGUGAGUUUGCAUUAACCACAGUUUGAAAACAGUGACCCAGUGUUGUUACCUAUGCAUCAUUUCAAAGAUAGAGUAUUAUAUGUUUAAAAUGCCAUUACAAAGUGUUCAAGAUUCACAGGAUGAUGGGGGGGGGCACUAUUGGAUUGUUGUUUUAUUUUUAUUAGGUAUUUUGUGGUUUUAUAUCUUGAUUUUAUUCUGUGAACCGCCCUGAGACCCCCAGGUAUAGGGUGGUAUAAAAAUUCAAUUAAUAAUAAUAAUUAAUAAUAAUAAUAAUAAUAAUAGAAUCAUUCAGUCAACCAGUGCUAGAAUAAAGUUCUCUUUAAAGUGGAUGAGCUGUUGAGGAUCAGAUUAAAUUUGAGGUUUGCUUGCUUGCUGACUGGAAACUGUGGGAAGCAAAAGAUUGAAGCCACCUGUCACCAUACCAUAGUCCCAGUCCAGCUUCCCCAUGCCCUUCAGUGUCAGCUCUUUACCUUAAAAAAACACACACACCCAAAAAAGCAACCUAGGGCAAACUACAUGACAAUUAUGACAUUUAAAAUACCUGUGAUAUUUUUUAAGGCUUUGCUCCUGAAAGAAUCUGGGUAGCUGCCUGCUUGAGUUUGGGAUUAACAAACACCAGGAGGAUACCGUAAGCAGAGGGGCACAUUAGCUGCACCACUGAACACAUUAUUGAACCAAAUCUCUGUUCUGAUUUUUCAAAGUAUCGAAAUACAAGCAAUAGGUGUGCCAUGUAAAAAGCGACAUAAAUGAUCAUGAAGGAGAGCACUGUCGCAGCUGCCUUGAUAUGAGCUUCUGUUUGGCGGCUCCUGAAACUGGCUCCUUUACCUGUCAUAUUGCAGAUAUGUCUGCAGAGCGAGGCUACAACCAUGAUGGAGCAAAGUAAAGUCACAAGAAGGGGACAGCUUGAACCAGUAAUUAAAAAGAAGAGUUGUAAAGAACUGCCAGUUUCUAUCCAUGAGUGUCCUUGAGUCAUGUUUGUUACGUUGGCUGUUGUGGUGUUCUGAUGUUGCACUGAAAUGUUAUGAAAUGCAUAGACAGAAAAGAGCAAGGAGGCAGCUAGAGAUACUGCAAGAAGCCAGGGCACCAGGUGUGAUAUCCUCAGCUUGCACCAAAGGAAGAGGGAGUGGGUGCUGUUCACUAUCUUGAUGCAAUAGAAGACGCAGAACCAGGCAAGGAGCCAGUAUCGGAAGAAUAUGACACAGCUUGCAAAGACAUGAAUCAUUCUCAGCAUUAUGUGGUUGAACUCCAACUUUAAGUAGUAAAUGAUUAUUGCUGGAAUCAUCAGAACUGUGACACAGAUACUGGACGUUCCCAUGGACAGAAGAAGUUGUUCCUUGGCAUCGAGGGUCCUGCAUUUAGCCCAUUCAACAACCAUCACUGCAGUUAUAAAGCUAUUGGAGAUGAACCCACAGAGGGCCAUGUCGAUUACAACCACCAGAAAGGCAAUGAUUUGGGAAGAAGGCAUAUUUCCGGAUUCUUGCAGAUUGCUGUAUAGGUAGUCGUUUGCCAGCCAAAGUUGUUGAGUUCAAAUGGAGGGUGCAAGUGUGGUAGCAGAUCAGCGACAUGCUUUUUAAUGCAUUGGGAACUAUGCAAAUGAAGUGUGCAUCAAACUACCAAUUUCCAUAACGCUUUUAUCUGGGGUAGUGGUGUUGAUACUAACUAUAUAGAAGGGCUUCCUAUCACACAACUUUGUAUGUAUCAGGAUUGCUGCUUCAAUUUGGUGUUUAUGUGAAUAAGAAAGUUAGCCAUAGGCAACCCCUUUGUGGCCCAGAUUUUAUUGCUCACUUUAAAGAAUAACAGGAGCUAGAAAUACCGCUGUUGAAACAAGGAAUAAUCCGCCUCUGUAAACCACAUUUGGAAGAUGUUAGCUGGCUUGCUUACCCUCAGGUCCCCCUCAUUUUGGUUUCCAGGAACUUCACAGCCAAUUCUUAUAUUUGCUCCCAGAUCAUAAGCAAAUUCUCAGGCCCCAAACCAAAAGCUUGUACAGCCCUUGUCAGUGCAGUUUACCUUCCUAGUUCCUAGCUGCUCAUCUCCUCACACGCUCCCCCGAAAUAUUGUUUCUUCUUCAUGAUAAGAUGCACAAUGGAUGAGGCAAGCUAAAAACCAGCAUGGGACGGUCAUAGUAGCAAGGCUGGCUCAGAGGCCUGUGGUAAAACACUCUUUUACUUUUUUAAGCUUUACCAGAAGCAUUUCUACUUAUUUGGAGUAGUGUAUAGUUAAACUAUGGAAGCAUAUAUUUUGGUGACCAGUUCUCAGCUGAUUUACUGAAUAUGCUGAAUGCCUAUUGAUGCUUAAAUCAACCUCAACUCUGCACUGUCCCGUAGGACAUGCAAAAUGUGAAACAAGCUUUUAAUACUGUCAGGUGCUUUCAUUUCUUCUUUUUAGUUUUCCCCAAAGGGCCUCAAUACUUGUCAUGCUGAGUAAAGAAAUUUACAGUGCUCAAGGAUGCUGUCCAUGCCAAGAUCUUAUACUUAUACUGAGUCAACAGACACAGUCCAACUCAGUUUACUUAUUGGCAGUUUUUCUCACCCACCAUUCACUGAAUAUGUCUAUUUGAAAGUUAAUCCUAUUACGUUAUAUGGGCUUAUUCUUAGGUGGGCAUACAUAGACAUCUAGGUAAUUGAUGUGUUUAUCUUUCAGAUUACGAUAGGCUUUUUUUAUUCUUUUGUGCAGGAAGGAGAAACCUAUAGCCUCCAGAUGUUUCUGAGCUACAGAUUCCAUCAACUAGCUUUGUUCAGGGGUGAUGGGGGGUGUAAUUCAGCAAUAUCUGGAGGUUCACCACACCUGCUUAAAAAGCACUUAGGUUUGUUUACAACUAUUUACCGAAAGUAAAAUGUAAAUAUGGGUCCCCGAUAAAGCACAGUGGUAACUAUAUCCAUUCUUUAUUUGCAUUCCUGUAAUUGCCGCUGGGGAUUAAGUAGACUUAAGGUGACAGCAGAUCAUCUAUUAACUAUGAAAAUAUUGUUAGGGAAAUGUAAUGGAUAUAAUAUCCCUGUUUACGCUGGAUUCAUCUAUUUUAAAAAAGAGAGCCUUCAAUACAAUCGAAACCUGGGCUAUACGGUGGGUGAUACAAAACUGCAGAUUUGACAGCAGAUAUACCCAGCUAUUGCAAGAAAAUAGGAAAUAAGGCAACAGCAACAUAUCAUCUCCAUGUAAAGACCCACCCAGUACCUUUAAAAAGAGGCCUAAGCCAAGACGUUAGCUUACCACCUAAACUACACUCACCUAAGCUAUUUACAUUCACCUUGGAAGGUGUGUUAAAAGCUGCAGUGGUAAAAAAAAAAAAAAAGGAAUCUGUGUUAACAGAAGAUAUCUAAAUUUUCUAUGAUAUGCAGGUGUUGUAAUAAUGAAAAGUCGACAAGAACUACAAGAAAUGCUGGAAUAACUGAACAAAGAAUCAAAUGAAAAAUAAAAAUAUUUCUUUAGACUCAAAAGCUAAAGUGUUCAAUACAGUGGUACCUCAGGUUAAGAACUUAAUUCGUUCCGGUGGUCCGUUCUUAACCUGAAACUCUUCUUAACCUGAGGUACCACUUUAGCUAAUGGGGUCUCCCGCUGCCGCCACACGAAUUCUGUUCUCAUCCUGAAGCAAAGUUCUUAACCUGAGGUACUAUUUCUGGGUUAGCGGAGUCUGUAACCUGAAGCGUCUGUAACCCGAUGUACCACUGUAUGUGCAUAUUAGCUGUGAUGUGUUAUGAAGAACUGGGCACACAAAGAAACAUGAAAAUUUAAAGAAUAAUACAACAUGCCACGGGACUCACAAUGUUAGGAAUAUCAUUAAAAGAUAGAAAAACUAAUAAUUGGGUACAAAAAAGACUGAAAGUUGUGGUUGUAAUGGAAAAGGCCAUGAAGCUAAAGUGGGCAGAUCAUGUGGCCAGAGACGAUUCAGGCCAAUGGAAUAAAGCAGUGUUAGUAUGGUGACCCUACAGACCACCUAUGUUCUCUAAGAAACCAGAAAUAUUUCUUUUAGGCAUAAUGACAUCUGAUAUUAAAAACAAAAUAAGACCGCAGUCCAUGUAUGCAAUCACCACCGCCAGGAAUCUAAUAGCCAGAAAUUGGAAAAGGGAAACACCACCAACCAAGAUAGAAUGGCAAGCUAAACUGGUAGAAUAUCUAAUGUUAGCGGAAAAAAUGGAACCAGUGAGAGGAGCCUCAGAAAAGGAGGUAGACAAAGAAUGGAAAAUGGCGAGAGAAUAUCUCCAAGGAUACUGCAAUAGUAGAGGCUUUCUGACAUUAGAAGAAUGAGUAACAACAUAUGGUAUUAAUACAAAAAACAAUAAUGACGAAAUUAAAUAAUGUAUAUAAGUAGGAAGACGAUGUUUGGAUCUAAUGGUUACAGCAGGAAGAGUAUUAUGGACUUAAUCGGAAGUGUUCACAUUUCUUUUUAUUUCUGUUUGUUCCACUGUAUAUAGGCAUGUUAAAUUAUAUGUAGGUAGCUACGAUUAAUUGAACUGGAACAUAGAUUUGAGCAGUUUGUAAACUUAAAUGCUACCUUUUUCCUUUAUGGGAAAUCCUUUGCUAUUUGUAUUUUCUUUCUGAUUAUUAUUUUCUUUGUUUAUAAACUCAAUAAAGAUAAUUAAAAAAAAAAAAGACCUAUGUGAUGGUUGGACCAUCCAAAACUAACAGCAGAGCUUAUGUGGAUGCAGGAAGCAAACAACAGAAAGUGAUGGAGAGAACUUGAAGAGGGGUAUAUCCAAAGAUCAGUGGAGGUGAGGAACAGGUUUAAGGAUUAAAAUUCUACAAGGCAGGCUUAAGCAGUAUGUGGACUGAGAACACCCAGAAGUGCAAGCUGGAUUUCGAAGGGGCAGAGGAACCGGAGACCAAAUCGCAAACAUGUGCUGGAUUAUGGAGAAAGCUAGAGAGUUCCAGAAAAACAUCUAUUUUUGCUUCAUUGACUAUGCAAAAGCAUUUGACUGUGUCGACCACAGCAAACUAUGGCAAGUUCUUAAAGAAAUGGGAGUGCCUGAUCAGCUCAUCUGUCUCCUGAGAAAUCUCUAUGUGGGACAAAAAGCAACUGGAUAUGGAAUACCGGUAACUGAUUGGUUCAAAAUUGGGAAAAGAGCACGAGAAGGCUGUGUAUUGUCUCCCUCCUUAUUUAAGUUAUAUGCGAAAGGCUGGGCUGGAUGAAUCCCAAGCCGGAAUUAAGAUUGCCGGAAGAAAUAUCAACAACCUCAUAUAUGCUGAUGACACAACCUUGAUGGCAGAAAGUGAGGAAGCAUUAAAGAACCUUUUAAUGAGGGUGAAAGAGGAGAGCGCAAAAUAUGGUCUGAAGCUCAACAUCAAAAAAACAAAGAUCAUGGCCACUGGUCCCAUCACCUCCUGGCAAAUAGAAGGGGAAGAAAUGGAGGCAGUGAGACAUUUUACUUUCUUGGGUUCCAUGAUCACUGCAGAUAGUGACCGCAGUCACGAGAUUAAAAGAUGUCUGCUUCUUGGGAGAAAAGCAAUGACAAACCUAGACAGCAUCUUAAAAAGCAGAGAUAUCACCUUGCCGAUAAAGGUCCGUAUAGUUAAAGCUAUGGUUUUCCCAGUAGUGAUGUAUGGAAGUGAGAGCUGGACCAUAAAGAAGGCUGUUCUCUGAAGAAUUGAUGCUUUUGAAUUAUGGUGCUGGAGGAGACUCUUGAGAGUCCCAUGGACUGCAAGAAGAUCAAACUUCUCCAUUCUUAAGGAAAUCAGCCCUGAGUGCUCACUGGAAGGACAGAUCAUGAAGCUGAGGCUCCAAUACUUUGGCCACCUCAUGAGAAGAGAAGACUCCCUGGAAAAGACCCUGAUGUUGGGAAAGAUGGAGGGCACAAGGAGAAGGGGAUGGCAGAGGACGAGAUGGUUGGACAGUGUUCUCAAAGCUACAAACAUGAGUCUGACCAAACUGUGGGAGGCAGUGGAAGACAGGAGUGCCUGGCGUGCUCUGGUCCAUGGGGUCACGAAGAGUCGGACAUGACUAGAUUAAACAACAACAUAUCCAAAGAUGGAUGUGAAAUGCUGUAGAAGAAGAAAGAAAGAUGGCAGUAUCUUCAUCUAGAUGCCUGAAAAGUCUAAUUCUUGCAUUUCCUCUGUGCUUCAGUUGUCUCUUGGGAUUUGGAUAAUAACUUUCAUAUAAGGCAGGAGAAAAUGUAGACUAAUGUUGAAGAAAGAAUGUGUGAUUUGAGCACACAGAAAAUGCAAUUUUACACAAUGUUGAGGGAGACACAUUUGGUGUACAGUGAAGGAGAAACAAUAUGCAAAGAACUGAUCAUACAGAAACAUCAGAGCACGGGGGGGAAACCGUAUGCAUGUUUACUCAGAAGCAAGCCCUACUCUGGUCAUUUUCUUCUGGGUAAGCAGGCAUAGGAUUUGGCAUUGUUCACUUGAUACAACAGAAGACGCAGAGCUAGGCAGAGCCAAAAUGGAGAGAAUUUGACAGGGUGCAAAUAGAAAAUGCUGUGAAUUCUCCAAGUGGUUCCUAAACACUUUAUACAGUAAUUAAUGAAAAUUGGAGUCAGUAAAACUGUCUCUCAGAUAUUGGGCAUAGUUUGGGAUGGAAGAUGCUAACUAGUUGUGAGGCUCCCAUGUUUAGCCCAUUCAGUGAUUAUAACUAUAAAGUCAUUGCAAAUGAGCACACAAAGGACCAAGUCAGCUACAGUUACCCAAAAGCCAACGUUGCAAACAUUGCCCAAGGAAAUACAUGGGUUGAACCCUCUUCUUUUCAGCCACUGGUUCUGGCUGUCCCUUUCAUGAAUCCCCCCCCCCCCCCCCCAAAGCUAAGCACUAUUAUUCAUAUUGGUUAAGUGUCAUGCCACAGGGCAGAAGCUCAGCUCUGAGGACAUCACCAUCCCAGAAAUCUCAUCCUCACAAGGUGUUUUUGUCUUUGCUGAAAAUAGGGAUGAGCUUGAAGCUCCCAUGAAAUGCAAGGAGGCACUUGGUUAUGCUCCUAGGCUGAGAAACAUCCAGGCCCCAGGCAAUAAUCAGUGGUAGUAGUAUUACAGUGGUACCUCGGGUUACAUACACUUCAGGUUACAUACGCUUCCGGUUGCAGACUCCGCUAACCCAGAAAUAGUGCUUCAGGUUAAGAACUUUGCUUCAGGAUAAGAACAGAAAUCGGGCUCCAGCAGCGCGGCGGCAGCAGGAGGCCCCAUUAGCUAAAGUGGUGCUUCAGGUUAAGAACAGUUUCAGGUUAAGAACGGACCUCCAGAACGAAUUAAGUACUUAACCCGAGGUACCACUGUAUAAGCAUUGUUUGCAUUAGACAUGACACUAGGUUUUUAGAAGAUCAGCCACAACAGCAAACUACUGCCUCUGGUUGAGAAGUGCUGAAACCAGGACUGGCUUAUACCAUAGAGCAGGCAUUUCCAACUCCCAAGAGAUUGUGAUCUACUCCCAGUACAAAAAAAAUGGCAGUGAUCUACCCAUUGUCAGUGGAGGGAGGAGGAGCAUGCGUGGGGUGGGUGGGUGGGUGAAUUCCCCAGAGUUGUUGAGCUUUUGGGGGGAGGGAGGACUGCACAGAGUUUUUUGGCUCCCCCCCCAAUGACUUUUUGUACACGAUAAGGAUCCCGCGAUCUACCAGGAUCAGCCGGGGAUAUAUCAGUAGAUCACUAUCUACUGGUUGGACAUCCCUGCCAUAGAGGUUUUUCCUGACUUACCACAGGGACACCCUCAUUCCUCAGAACAAGUUCCAGCUGAACUGAGGUACUUGGUAACAAUAAACUUAGAGUUGGAAGGGACCCAGAGGGUUGUUUAAUCCAACCCUUCAAUACAGGAUUGAUUGCUGCUUUAAUUGAUAUGUUUAUCUGUCAAAUUCUGAUAGGUUUUUCUUUCAUCAGUAUCUUUAAAGGCAUAAAUUUGUUUGCAGCUGUUUACAGAAAGGAAAAUGCAAAGAUGUGUGCCAGAGAUAGCAGAGUGGUAAAUAUAUCCCUUCUGUAUUUGCAUCCCUGUGAUUGCUGGUGAGGAUUAAACAGGCUUGAGACAGUGCCUUUGUUUAGAUUUAUGAAACUUCUAAUUCUUUCAUUACCUCUCUGCUUCAGUUGCCCAUUGGGAUGUAGAUAACAACAGAACAGAAGGAAAUGCAGACAAUUCAUUUGACCAAUAUGGUUCUACAUGUCUAUACUUUUGAAUAGCUGCUCUUUUUUGUAUAAGUGAAUAUGGAAGGUCAAUAUCCAAUCAAAUGGCUCUGAACUAAAGCUCAUACAUCAGUCAUAAGGAUAAUCCCACUGCCCUGCAGAUGAAUAGAUAGGAUUGCUAAUUUCUUUCUAGUCAUUCAUAUUACUUACUCAUUCCGACUAGGCAUAAACAUUGCUAGCAAGGUACUCAAAAGGGCUGUUGAGAUGCCUAUAGCAACAAAUCGUUCAUUUGAAGUUACCCACCAGCUCCUAGUUUUUCUGCUGAAAUAGACAUCUCAGUAGCCCUUCUGUGUUUUGUGCAGUGCAAUUUUGGGGAAGAUAGCUGUGGAGUUGGAAGGUUCUCGUAGUGACUUUGUUGCCACUUAUUUGGUUGAUUCCCAGAGAUGCCCAAAGCCUAUGCAGAAAGCUGCCCUGUCAUCAACAUGGCCACUUUACUGGGGAACUCCACCCACCUCUAACUGGUAAGGAACUUACCUAGUACAAUAGUUCUGCCUUAUUAAUUGUAGAGUUGGAAUGUUUAGUCAGAGUCUUAUUUCUUGUUAUAUGAAUCCAUUGGUUCAAGUCCUGCCCUCUGGAGCGGGGGGGGGAGCUUGCUUCGUCUUUCAUAUGACAGCUGUUGAGAUAUUUGAAGAUGAGGCAUAUCACCUCUCAGUCUCCUCUUUUCUAGGCUAAACAUACCCAGCUCCCUCAACUGUUCCCAAUAAGGCUUAGUUUCCGGACCCCUGAUCAUCUUGGUUGCCCUCCUCUGCACAUGUUCCAGCUUGUCAACAUCCUUCUUAAAUUGUGCUCAGAACUGGAAACAAUACUUCAGGUGUGAUCUGACCAAGUCAUAAUAGAGCGGUACUCUUGACUUCCCUUGAUCUGGACACCAUACUUCUGCUGAUGCAGCCUAGAAGAGCAUUAGCUUUUUUUGCUGCUGCAUCACACUCUUGACUCAUGUUACACUUGUGGUCUACUAAGACCCCUGGAUCCUUUUCACAUGUACUACUGGCAAGCCAGGUGUUCCUCAUCUUAUAUGUGUGCAGCUGGUAUUCCUGCCUAAUUACAGAACCUUAUAUUUGUCCCUACUAAAAUUAAUUGUGUUAGUUUGAGCCCAGUUCUUCAAUGAGUUAAGGUCAUACUGAAUCCCAAUUUUGCCUUUUGUGGCAUUAGCUAUCCCUCCCAGCUUGGUGUCACCUGUAAAUUUGAUGAGCAUCCCCUCAAUUCCUUCAUCCAGAUCUUUUAUAAAGACAUUGAACAACAGCGGACCUAGGACAGAACCCUGUGGCACCCCACUUCUCACUUCUUUUUUGGAUGAUGAGGAACCAUUAGUGAGAAUUCUGGGUUCAGUCAGUCAGCCAGCUACAAAGGCCUGAGACCUGUGGGUAUAGGGUGGUAUAUAAAUCCAAUAAAUGAAAUAAAAAUCAACCCAACAGUUACCUUGUCCAGCCUACAUUUUACUGCUUCUAUACAGGAAAUAGUAACCAAUAAUAGCCUAAUUAAUGCAACUCAUCAAUGCAGUUAUCUAUGCGAAAUAUGGAGAUGUAUGUUAGUAAUGUGUUUGGGUUUGAUUCAGGUAUUUUUCAGAAGCAGGGCUAAUUUGCACGGUUUACCUUGGAAAAAUGUUGGGUGAUAUUUCAGAGUACAUUUGCUUUGUCAGGAGACAGAUCAACCCUAAUGGUAUUCACACUGCCAUGAUUAGUACUAGAUGAUCAUUUCUUUCCAUGUCUGUUGUGAUAACUGUCUUCGUAUGCAGGGAAAGUCCCUAACUCACUGAGGGUUUGAGACCCAUCGACUUCCCUCACCUGGUUUAUCCAACUAUUCGAAGCUAUUACCAGGAUGUGGCCACAGUUGCAUGCUGACAGCUUCCAGAAGCCACAAGUGAGAGCUGAGUGCAGGGUGGGGCCCAAACAUGGACAAACUACACUAGAAGGAGCACAAUGUAUUCCCCAUCAGAGGUACUACCCCUUCUAGCAACUCCUGAAGCCAAGCUGGUGCCAAACGUGUUGCUCUGCAUUCCUUUAGACUACAUCAGCAAGGCUGAGAGAGGGUCUUGUUGUCUGGGCAGCCCAGGACCUCCCUACACACUGCUCAGGCUUGCACUCUGGAGAGGUCACUUUGGUUUGAGAGGUCACGCUGCUAACACAGCGGUUUGUCUUCACCCCAGAGGCAUACUCCAUUGCCUCUUGGCACUGACGGAAUGCCAAUAACAAUGUCAUACCUGACAACACAGCUACAGAUAAUGAAAGGUCAGCUUCUCUAUCUAACGUGUAUGACAGGAGAUGCAAAAUGGCCAGGUACAAGACAACCAGUUAGUGCCUUGGGUAUACCAGGAAGGAGCUCAUUGUUAGGGUUGAACAGAAGCGUUAGGGUUGUACCACUUAGGAACAUUUAAUAGUAGGCGAAGUGGUCUGAACCACUGAGCCUCUUGGGCUUGCCGUUCAGAAGGUCGGUGGUUCGAAUCCCUGUGACAGGGUGAGCUCCCGUUGCUCGGUCCCUGCUCCUGCCAACCUAGCAGUUCGAAAGCACGCCAAAAGUGCAAGUAGAUUAAUAGGUACCACUCCGGCGGAAAGGUAAACAGCGUUUUCGUGCGCUGCUCUGGUUUCGCCAGAAGCGGCUUAGUCAUGCUGGCCACAUGACCCGGAAAAACUGUCUGCAGACAAACGCCGGCUCCCUUGACCUGUAAAGCAAGAUGAGCGCCGCAACCCCAGAGUCAUUCACGACCGGACUUAACUGUUAGGGGUCCGUUUACCUUUACCUAAAGGGAAAUUAAGCAAAAGCUUCUGUACUUGAGUAAGGAUUAAUUUAGAGAAGGAAGGGAAGAGUCAAAGAAAACAUUAAAAGUUAUGUUCUCAUAUGGUAUCUGUGUAAUGAAGCAAAGAGGUUUUGGUCAUCGAUAUAGAAUAUAACAGACAAAAAUGACACUGCGACAAUUUAGAUUUUAGAAUCCAUUAUAUUUAUACUAACUUGUACAAAUGAGUCCAUGGUCUUAAUGCCAUGUAUCAUUGUAGCUGCGAGAUUGUGUUAUGCAGAAUAGGUAGGGAAAGGUUUGUGGCAAAGUGGGCGACAUAAAUGUAGGAAUAUACUGUAAUAGGAAGUUUAGGCAUUGCAUAAGGGUGAAAGGAGGAGGCAAAAAAUUAACAGAUUUGUUCAGCAUUGGAAAACGUUUCUUGAUUAGUAGCUAAACACACACACACACCCCGCGUCCACCUUCUAGUUUUUCCUUGUGAAUUUAAGGCUAUGUUUUUGGAAGCAUCUGCCUAGCUGCCUGCUUGAGCUUGGGAUUAGCCAACAGCAGGAUGGCACCCUGUGCAGGGGAGUACAUUAGGAUCACUGUUACACACACUGAAUAAACAGAGGUGAUUCUUUCAAUAUUUUCAAAUACAAUUAUGGAAUGUGCCACGUAAAAAAAAAUGUAAACGAUCAGGAGGGAAAGCACUGUCGCAGCUGCCCGGAUAUGAGCUUUUGUUUGGAGGCUUCGAAGACUGGCUCCUUUACCUGUCAUCUUGCAGACAUGUGUGUAGAGUGAGGCUACAAUCACAAUGGAGCACAAUAAAACCACAAGAAGGGGACAGCCAGAAGCAGUCAUUAAAAAAAAGGCUUGCAGAGAACGAGAAAGUUGGGUUGCUUUCUUUCCUUGAGUCACAUUUGAAGUGUUGGUUGCUAUGUUGCUCUGGAGCUGAAAAGAAAUAUGUGGGAUUGUAAUCAAGGAAACAAAAACCGAAAAGACUUGGGAUCCCACAAGAAGCCAGGGCAGCAGCUGUGAUAUCCUCAGCUUGCACCAAAGGAAGAGGGUGUGGUUGCUGUUCACUAUCUUGAUGCAAUAGAAGAUGCAGAGCCAGGCAGUGAAACAAAAUCGGGUGUAUGAGACAAAGGUUGCAAAGAAGUAGAAUGUUUGAAACACUAAGCCGUUGCUUGAGUUGGUUACUAAGAAAUUAGUAAUGACUGCAAUCUCACAGGCAGUGGCAAAGAUAUUGGACGUACCCAGAGAGAGAAGUAGUUGUUCACAAGUUGCAAGACUCUUGCAUUGAGCCCAUUCAGUGACCAUCACUGCAACUAUAAAACCGUUGGAGAUGAGCCCACCUAGAACCCAGUCACUUGCAGCCACCAGAAAUGCAAUGAUUUUGGAAGAAAGCAUAUUUCCAGAUCCUUGCAAACUUCUGUACAGGUGGACUGACCAAAGUUCUUGAGUUCAUGCAGCGCACAGAUGUGAUGGUAGCAGAUCAGCAGCAUACUUUUUAAUCCAUUGGGAACUAUGCAAAUGAACUGAGCAUCAAACUAUGUAAAUCAAUGUGCUACCAAGUUCCACAAGGCUCUUAUUUGGGAGAGUGGUGUUGAUACAGACUGUAUAGAAGGGCUUCCUGUCACACAACCUUUUGUGAAUCAGGGAUGUUGCUCCAUUUUGGGAGUUAUAUGAAUAAGAAAGCUUGCCGCUGGCAUCCACUGCAGUGGCCCAGAUUUUUCUCUGCAGGGAAAAGGUGUUAGGAGUUGGGGAAAUGGCCCUUGAAGCAAGGAAGGAACAUCAAGAAAUGGCAUUGGAAGAUACUCGUCGUCUUGCUUACACUCAGACCCUCUUAGUUUUGGUUUUCAUGACUUUUUAGCCUAUUAUCCCACUUCAUAAAAAAUAUUAUUUCCACCACAGGAAGCUAUCUCAUGCCCCAAGCUUAAAAGCUUCAUAAAGUCUUCACUGGUACAGUUUACUAUUUUUUGGUGGCUGCUUAUUUCUCUGACCCCAGUCCAGCUGUUGACAUCAAUCUGUCAUGUUUUUUUUCUUUAUGAACAGAUACACAAUUGAAUGACGCAGUAUCAAACUUCAGCAAGUGACAGCAAUGGAGUUAGCUCAGAGAUCAUUUUUCCAGUGCACGUGCUGCAAUUGCUGCUCUGCUUAAAUCAGCUCUCCACUGACACACAGUAUACUCAUAAUGUAGAGCCAGUUUUUAAUACUGUCAAAUGCUUCUGUUUCUUCUAUUUAGUGUAGCCAAAAGACUUCAUUGCCUGUGCCAUUCAAAGUAAUGUUUUUGAUUGUACUCAAGGGUGUUGUUGCCAUGCUAAACCUCUGAACUUUUUAAGUAUAUAUAUGCAUUAAGGGACAUAAACAGCCCAAGCUAUACAUCCUUGAAAUUUAAUCAUACUAUAUUCAAUGGGCUUACUCUAUGUACAGUGUGCAUAUGAUUACAGCGUUAAAUGAUAGGUUUAUCUGUGAAAUAAUUAUAGGUUUCUGUUUCCUUAGUGUAUUAAAAGCACACAGAUUUGUUCGUUGCUGUUUUCCAGGAUGGAAAAAGAUUUAGUGUCUUUUACUAAGUCUAGUGGUAACUAUUUCUUUUGUCUUGCAUCGCUAUACAGUGGUACCUCAGGUUACAGACGCUUCAGGUUACAGACUCUACUAACCCGGAAAUAGUACCUCGGGUUAAGAACUUUGCUUCAGGAUGAGAACAGAAAUUGUGCAGCGGCGUCACGGAGGCAGCAGGAGGCCCCAUUAGCUAAAGUGGUACCUCAGUUUAAGAACAGUUUCAGGUUAAGAACGGACCUCCAGAACGAAUUAAGUUCUUAACCCGAGGUACCACUGUAAUUGCAGCUGAGGAUCAAAUAGGAAUAGGACAGAAUCUUUUAUUAGAGUCAUGAAACAUUUAAUUCUUGCAUUGCUUCUGUGCUUCAUUUGCCCCUUGGGAUGUGGAUAACAACCUACCUAAAGGGUGGGCGGGGGAGCAAAAAAUUCAAACUAGCAUGUAAUAAAUGUGUUGUGCUUAGAACACACGGGAAAUGCAAUAGCACCAUGUUGUUUUGAGACCUUGUUGUACAUAAAUCAAACUAUUCAAAGUAGAUAAGAGCACAGUAUGAUCAGAAAUGUCUGACUCCAAUAAAUAACAACCAACCACAUGUUCCUACGAGUCAACAGAGAGCACAUAAAAGUGAUAGUCUACCUAUUCUUUCCACCUGCAGCAUGCUGAGUCUGUUUCUUUCCACAUGAAGGCUCCAUUUAGCUAUUCUGAUGAAUAGCCAUUGAUAGACCUGUCCUUCAUGGUGUAUCUAAUCCUCUCCUAAAAUCCAGGGGGGACAGCAGGUGGCUUUGAGGGUGGAGCAGGUCAUGGCAGACUUCAGAGGGAGAUGAGGCUGUGAUGGAGACAGGCCUUAGUGUCCUUACAAAGAAGAAGAUGGGACUGAAGGGAGUACAUAGAAGCUAUAUAUGAGAGUCUUCGCUCAUCAUAGUCCACAGGAACUUCUAAAAUAUAAUUUUGUGUUGUUCCCUUUGCAGGCUGUUGUGGUACCCAGAAGAGAAUCAUGCUGUAAGUGGAGUGGAAGCUGAAGCAGAUGUCUUUAUGAACAGUGCACAGUGGAUUAUGCAUUACCUUUCUAAGGAAGCGGACUCUGAAAGUCAGCAGCCAGCUGAGAAAUAA